UUCGGGCUCGCACGUGUUCGCAAAUUGUUCUUUAAGUCUUGCCCAGCCCCCAAUGGCUCAAAUUGCCCUGGCACCGUCACUUGGACGUGCCGUGUCUCUGGAUGGGUGCCGCCGUCUGCGUGAAGAUGCACGUUUUGCAGCUCCAGGUUGGAGAGGAGCUCGGGCAUCAAGCCUGUGGCUUCUGGCAGGGGUCUAUGCAGGCCGGCGACCAGUUCGCGCUUCUAUCGCUGUAGAAGCAGGGUGGCAUCCCGGUGCUGAGGAUGCUGAUGAAGCUGCCCCUUUGCCGGAUGAAAGCAAUGAGAAUGACGAGUCAAGCUCUUACAACGACUUAGGUGUUCAUCGGGAGAUGCUCGAGGAUCGGGUGCGGACGGAGGCCUUUCGCGAGGCGAUCUUCCAGACCUGCCAGGACAAAGUGGUCCUUGAGGUGGGCUGUGGAAGUGGCAUCCUCUCGGUCUUUGCUGCUCAAGCUGGUGCCCGGCGUGUGGUGGCUGUGGAGGCCGAUGUGGAAAUGGCCGAGCUGGCGCAGGAGGUGGUGGAUGGCAAUGGUGUCGACGUGAACGUUCUCUCGGGCCGUGUGGAGGAGGUCGCCCAAGUCGUCGACCAAGCAUUGGACGGCCAAAAGGUGGAUGUACUGAUCUCUGAGUGGAUGGGCUUUAUGCUUGUCUGCGAGGAUAUGUUUCGCAGCGUCGUUUUCGCACGAGACAGAUGGCUUGCAGAAGGUGGGCAGAUGCUGCCGCGGCGCUGCCAACUCUUUGCUGCUCCUUUCAGCCAUAUGGAGCUGGUGGAGCGCCAGACAGGUUUUUGGGGUUCCAAACCCUACGGCGUCGACCUCUCAGUGCUGGCCUUUCCUGCUUUGGACCAGCACCUUUGUCGUCCGGUCAUUGGCAGUUUGACUCAGCAGCAACUUCUGAGUGACGGCGACCUAUUGUUUGAACUUGAUUGCCAGAAGGCCGCUCGUGAUGCUGUUCGCCAGCGAGACUGCCACUUUACUGCUGUCGUACAGCACCAGGGCCACUUUCAUGGCAUCGCUGUCUGGUUUGAUUGUGAGCUGCUUGCGGGGCUUCACUUCACGACUGGACCACAGGGUGACCCUACUCACUGGGAACAGACAUUGCUGUUCUUGGAUCCUGCCAGUGAACUGAUGGACAUGAAUUUGCAACAGGGCGACGAAAUUGCAGGUGAGCUUCGGUGGCUGGUUCGGGGCAAGGAUUUGGGCGUCGUCAUUCUGGGCGAGGUGCUGGACUGGUAGGAAAACUGGAGGUGAUUCAAACUUUUGAGAAGUUCUCAAGAACUGAUGGUUCAAAUUGAAUUCUAUCUACAAAUGGGUCCAGCAGUUUCUCAGUACAUGCCAAGGUGUCCAAAAAGAGCAAAACCUAUGCCGAUGACCAGAGUGGGCCGCUGAAAUUUGGCCGCCGCCUGGUCUUGAACCUCAUUUGAUUAGGUAGCAUGGAGAAAGGCUGAGAUACGCUGCGUGGUGAAAAGAUGCAACGAGUGCGGAGGGAUAGCUUUUGAUGCUGCUUUUACAGAUAAUGCUGACAAACUGUGAUCAAUUUUAUCAAUACCAUGGGAGCAAGAGUGACCCUUCAUCGUGCUCACCCAAUAAAAAAGUUCUGUGUCGUAUCCAUGGACUCAACAAAACUCUUUGUGUGGCCUUUUGUGUUUGUGCGACAUGUGAGGGGUGCUUCCCAUGGGAUCCGAAAUCAUCGCACUUUCGGGAACCGAAA